CAACAUUCCAGCAUGCUCACAAACGAACAAUAAACAUUCCCAACAAGAGCCACACGUCCGCCCCGCCGUAACAUAUCCUUCCUUUUCGGAUAUCCGGAGAGAGCGCGUGUGCGAACCGGCCACGUUCCUCGAUAUCGGAAACAGACCGCCUUACUUGACGUUGUUCGUAUUCACCAAUUAAAAGAUUGGCACGUUCGCGAUCACAGCUGUCGAAUCAGAAGGAAUGAAGCCCGACUUGUGACGUACGACCGACAACCAAAGGGUAUAAAGUCGAUCCCAUGUGGUCGCCCUUGGCUUCUCUACGAGCGGUCAUUCCUGUCCAGUUCCAGCUCGCACUCUUUGCUCAGGUCUCAAGCCUCAUCAGAUUAAUGUCUGUCCUGUCAAAGCUCGUUCUCGCCGUCAGCGCGGCCGGCUCUGCCGUCGCUACGUUCCCGAACAUCACCCACUACCCGCCCUUGAACACUAACUGGAACAACCUGACCUUCGCGAUCAACGGUACUGGCGCUCCGGGCAUCUACAACUCGUCUGUCACUCCUGAUGAUAUCUACUCGACUGCAUAUAACUGGUGUGCGAUGCCCCACGUUCGUGCUAAGGAGUACCAGAAUGUCGACUCGAGUUACAAGCUCGAAUACGUCGAGUUGAUCCACCGUCAUCACAAGAGGACUCCUUAUGCCUCUAACAUCUUCCCUAAUGGUGCGGAGGACAUCCUUUGGUCUUGUGAUGGCGAGGGUCCUGCUACUUACGGAAAGAACGCAACUGGUCCUGGUUCAGAAGUGAUUCCCAUCCAGUGGUCAGCGUUCACUUCUCCAUCCAACCCUUUCACCACCAUUCAGGGUUUCAAUGGCUCCAACUGCCAGUUCCCUCAGAUCAGUGCGGAGGGUAUCGCUGAUUCCUGGACCCACGGGUUUGACCUUGCGUCCGUGUACAAGGAGAAGCUCGGUUUCCUGCCCAAGGAGCUCGAUCCCAACCGCAUGCACUACCGCGUCACGAACAACGUGAUCACAUCCCAAGUCGCCGGUGGUCUGAUCAAGGCGAUGUACCCCGAUCUUUCCGGUUACCAGGUGCUCAUCCAGUCUUCGUCUUUCGACUCUCUCGAGCCAGCUUUCUCCUGCCCCGCAGCCAGCGCGGUCAACUCGGGAUAUCAGGCAGCCGGAACCCUUUGGGCCCAGCAUCUCCAGCUCGCCGCUCCCGUGUAUGACAAGCUCGAUGCUGUCUCCGGGAUCCCGCGUAACGAUACUGGCGGGUGGCACGUUUCCUUCGACCACUACUACGACAACCUCUCUGCCAAGCAGUGCCACGGUUUCCCUCUUCCUUGCAAUGUUAACAACAGCAAUGUCUGCGUUGAUCAGGAGCUCGCUAACACCGUCUACCGUCUCGGCAACUGGGAGUACGCAUACAACUUCCGUCUCGCUCAGAACUCGACUCUCUAUUCCGCUACCCACUACGGCGCCUGGAUCCUCGAGAUCAAAGCGCACCUCGAAGGCAAGGUCGCUGGUACGAAUCAGGACAUCUACCGGCACAACAUCGCACAUGACGGCUCUGUCGCUCCUCUCAUGGGUGCUCUUCAAGUGGCGAACAUGUACUGGCCGGGUAUGGGCACGGAAGUCGUCUUUGAGCUCUAUUCCAAGUCUGGCUCGUUCUUCGUCCGCGUCCUCCUCGGAGGCCAGAUCAUGCAGACCACCACUCCUAUGGGUGCGCUUGACCUCAUCCCUUACGAGUCCUUCCAUGCGUACCUCGAGUCUAUCGUGGGAACGAAUGGCAGCGAGCUAUACAAGUGGUGCAAUGGCCUCACACACUAGACUUUGU